AUGGCGGAAUUCGUGCGUGCCCAGAUUUUCGGCACCACCUUCGAGAUCACCAGCCGGUAUACGGAACUUCAGCCGGUUGGAAUGGGUGCCUUCGGAUUGGUCUGUUCUGCGAAGGAUCAAUUGACAGCGCAGCCGGUUGCCGUCAAGAAAAUCAUGAAGCCGUUCAGCACUCCUGUUUUGUCCAAGCGAACCUACCGGGAGCUGAAGCUCCUCAAGCAUCUCCGCCAUGAAAACAUCAUUAGUUUGAGUGACAUCUUCAUUUCGCCCUUGGAAGACAUUUACUUCGUCACCGAACUUUUGGGAACCGAUCUCCACCGACUUCUUACCUCUCGACCCCUUGAAAAGCAAUUCAUUCAGUACUUCCUUUACCAAAUUCUACGUGGUUUGAAAUAUGUUCACUCUGCCGGUGUGGUACACCGGGAUCUGAAACCCAGCAACAUUUUGAUUAACGAAAACUGUGACUUGAAAAUCUGCGAUUUCGGUCUUGCUCGUAUUCAGGAUCCGCAAAUGACCGGAUAUGUCUCCACACGAUACUACCGUGCGCCCGAGAUCAUGCUCACUUGGCAAAAGUACGAUGUGGAGGUGGACAUCUGGAGUGCGGGCUGCAUCUUCGCCGAAAUGCUGGAAGGAAAGCCACUGUUCCCCGGAAAGGACCAUGUCAACCAGUUCUCGAUCAUUACCGAGCUCCUGGGUACUCCUCCAGAUGACGUGAUCCAGACCAUCUGCAGCGAAAACACCCUCCGAUUUGUCAAAUCCCUUCCUCAGCGCGAGCGCCAACCCCUCGCAAAUAAAUUCAAAAACGCCGAUGCCGAUGCGGUCGACCUACUCGAACGGAUGCUCGUCUUCAACCCCAAGCAGCGAAUUCAAGCCACCGAAGCAUUAGCUCAUGAGUAUCUGACACCUUACCACGACCCAACUGACGAGCCUGUCGCACAAGAGAAGUUCGAUUGGUCGUUCAAUGACGCCGAUCUACCCGUGGAUACUUGGAAAAUUAUGAUGUACUCCGAGAUCCUUGACUUCCACAACAUUGAACAGGGCAACGAGGCUGGUGAGGCUUUGGUGCAGGGCGCCGUGCAGGGUGAUGCUUCACAGGCAUUCGCAUAA